AAAAUGUUCCGAAAGUAAGCUUAUUCAUCGACGACAUGGAUGGAGUCGCAUAUGCAAGCAACAACGAAAUUCACGUCAGCGCCCGAUAUAUUCAAGGUUACUCGGGCAACGUUAAACGAGAAAUAACCGGAGUUCUAUAUCACGAAAUGACGCACAUAUGGCAAUGGAAUGGAAACGGUAGAGCCCCGGGAGGUCUUAUAGAGGGAAUUGCUGAUUAUGUGAGGCUUAAGGCCGGCUAUGCACCUAGCCAUUGGGUAAAACCCGGGCAGGGCAACCGGUGGGAUCAAGGGUACGACGUAACAGCAAGGUUUCUCGACUACUGUAAUAGCCUAAAGG